AGGCUGGAACGCUGCCUGUCCCUACGGUGGCGGCAGGCGGCUCUAACCUUUGACCUAUCGGAAGUGAUUGCGAGGCAGCUGGCCCGGAACAGGGGGCCCUGCGAGCAGGGAGCGGAGGCAGCGAAGCUGACACAAACCAUCUUACUGUGAAAGCUGCUGUCACAAAGCAAUAAACAUUUAAUAAGGAGAGAAUGGAAAUAUGACCUUUCCCUGGUAAUACGACUUCAUGAGGAAUGUUUAACAGCCACUUCAGAGCAAGCAAUGGAGAAGAGAAAACAUACGGUGGGUGUGAGGGCCCUGAUGCUAUGUAUGUGAAGUUGAUAUCCUCUGAUGGUCAUGAGUUUAUUGUAAAAAGAGAGCAUGCGUUAACAUCAGGAACAAUAAAAGCUAUGUUGAGUGGUCCAGGUCAGUUUGCUGAAAAUGAAACAAAUGAGGUGAAUUUUAGAGAGAUUCCAUCCCAUGUCCUAUCCAAAGUAUGCAUGUAUUUCACCUACAAGGUUCGCUACACUAACAGCUCCACGGAGAUUCCUGAAUUCCCAAUUGCACCUGAAAUUGCACUGGAACUGCUGAUGGCUGCAAACUUCUUAGAUUGUUAAAUAAAAUAAAUUAUAAUAAAAAUGUAAAACUUUUUUCAGUAUUUAAUACCUGUAGUUCAGUUAGUAACUUUUUUUUCAUAUAGCAUGCUGCGUAUGUGUGGUGGAGGACUGUAAAGUUCACUGCAGAGGCAAUUAUCUUCAGAUCUGUUGCAUAGCUAUCAUUCAAUUUUAUAUUUGUUUUGCUGCUUACACAAAUAAGGCCCUUUUCACAAACAGACGAAUAAAUAAAUAUGCCGAUUAGUAGAUGGCUAUGCCUUAUCCUUUAGGUGUGGCAGAACUUUCUUUUAAUGCAAUGAUCCUUUAAAAUACUGGAGUUUAAGCCGAUGCUACUUAAAAGCUAAUAUUAGCUAAAUGUGUAGGUGUUUAGCAUUUCUAACUUUCUCUUAUUGUUGCAAUUUUUAAACCUCUGAACUUUAUCACCUUACAGGGUAAUUGUCCCUUUAGCAUAGUUAGAACUUUAGUUAUAUUAGCACUUGUAUUAUAAAUCCCCUUUUCAAGGAUUUGUAAACUGGCGUAAACAUUCACGUUGGGCUGAAAACAGUAUCUAGGAUAACUUUUUAUCGUUUCUAUUAAAAUUUAGCUAUGUUUUUAGAAAUGGAAAAGUAUACCCGAUUUAUUUUUCAGUCAUAACUUAACUCUCCCCUCUGAAUAAUUUAAAAUGUUCAGGUCACUUGUCUAAUAAAAAUGCAGCCCUUCUGAUAGUGGAAUUAGAAUUAAAGAGCCAUGUUAAUAGCUAAUGCUAACUAGUGUAUGUAUACUCUCUUCUGUUCUAUAUAAAAUGUAAGUUUAUUCAUAAUGUACUGUCACUUGACCUAAUAUACAAGAUUUAUAAUAGCCUAAAAUGGCUCUUUUCCACUGUUUGUGAUUAGUUAUGUAAACUCUGUAUUUACUCUUAGAUCAAAGCCUUUUAAACUUCCUAAAUAUGGCUACCAAAGAGGUCGUUCUUUUCCCUCUCUUUUUUCCUCCCUCUCCCCUGCCUCUCCAUUGUUUAUACAAGAAAAGCUGAAUAUUGGUGGCUCUUUCAUUCUUCAUUGAAGUAAAGAGGUAUUAAACAGAUGUUUGA